CAGAGGGCCGCUGGCGGCGACGCCCCGGGCGCCGAGCUCGGCGGCUCCUGCGCGUACUACGGCUGCAGCGAGACGUUCCGGGUGAUGUGGGCCUGCCAGUGCAGCCCCGGCUGCGAGCUGCAGGACAACUGCUGCUCCGACUACGCGACCACGUGCCGCGCGCCCGCGCGCGCCCUCCUCGACGACGGCAGCGCCGCCAUGGCCCUGCGCAUGGACGACCGCGCGCCCUGGAAGCAGGAGGGCGAGCGCGACGGCACCCCCGCGGCGCCGCAGCCGGACGCUGCGGGCGGGCUCGCGGCGCCGAGGGAGGCGACGGGGAGCCUCCAGCACGACGCGCAGCAGGCGGCGCCGCAGCGCAGCACGCAGCUGGUGCAGCUGCCCUCGCAGCCCCUGACGCCAGCGCGCCCCGCCCUGCCGCCCGCGCCGAGCCCGCCGCCCCCGCCGCCGCCCGCGGAGCAGGCGCCGCAGGAGCCGCCGCGGCAGGCUCCGCAGGAGCCCGAGCCGGUCGAGAGGCAGACCCAGCAGACCACGGAGGACCUCCGGCCCAGGCCCGAGCCCGCCAGCCAGCUCGACCCGCCGCCGCCGAAGAAGAAGCCGUCCGCCUGGAUCCUGCCGCUGGCGGGGGCCUUCGCCGCGGCGGGGACGCUGCUCCUCGCCAUCGCGGGGGCGCGGCAGUGCUGCAGGGGCACCGCCGCGCCCCGGGGGCGGCCCGGCGCGGUCGCGCCCCUCCGCAGCCCCCGGGACAACUCGCCCCUGAUGGUGUCCCCCAGCCGCCAGGAUCCGUACGAGGAGGACGACAUCGUCAACAGCUUCGAGAGCCAGGUCAAGGAGGCGAAGCAGCGCGCGAAGAGCCUGACGCGCAAGUCUCACUCGCCCCCCGCAAGACCGUCCAGUCGCUGA